AUGGCGGAGGUCUACAAAGCUGCACGCGAGAGGAGCCCCGGCUGCAUCCUCGCUGAGCUCCCGAAUUGUCGCGAGGCCCUGUUGCCUGGCGAUCGAGCGAACUGCUGCGAGCUCUUAGCCGUGACGCCCAAGUCUCUGCCUCUGGUGCUGCCAGUCCAGUUUCAGGUGACCCUGGGUGACGCAGGUGAGAGGGAGGUGGACCUUGCUUUGCUGAAGCACUUGCUGUGCGAGAUGUUGGGCGAGUACAAUUACCACCUCAGAGAUGAGACUGCGCAUUUUGUGCACAAGACGGAGACUCCUGGAAAGACAAAGCUCGUCGUGCUGAGUUCGGCCGUAGAACGCCUGGACGCCCUCGUGAACCACAGGAAGAUGUCCUUCUUGAGCGUCGUCGGCAAGCCCCGGGAGGGAAAGAGCACGUUGCUGGAGCUCAUGCGCCGGCAUUGCAGCGAAUGCGAUGGAGGAGCGCUUUUCAAGUGCUCUGACGCCACGGGGAAGGCGUGCACGAAGGGGCUGUGGGUCUCCAUGCAGCCUUUGACGGCCCCUGGUGCCCUGAACAGGGACACGGCCCUGCUCUUCCUGGAUUCCGAGGGCCUUUUUGCCGAAGACGGCACGGACCCGGACUACUUUGUGAGGCUCUUCACCAUCGCCUGUGUCCUGUCCAGUGUCAUGAUCCUGAACAACAAGAUCAGCAACACCGUGGAUGAAGGCUUCAAGGCACCCCUGUAUCGCCUGGCAUUGCAGUACAAGAGCUUCUUCGACCAGAACGAGUGGAUUGCGAAACACCAGCCGAAAGUCCUCUACUUGGCAAGGGACUGGAACUCUCUUCAGAACCUCGACGAGGACCAAGCGGCGUGGGAUGAGGCUUCCGGCCGGCUGUCCAACCGAAAGAGUGAUCUGCGGGACAGCAUGCAGUUCAUCAGCGACGCCUUCGGGACGGUUUCCUUCGGCACGCUCCCCAGCCCUGUUCCUGGCGUCAACAAGGAGGACGUUGUGUCCAAGGUCCUUGAAGUAGGCUUCCGGGACAAGCUGGGUGCAAUCCUUGCAAAGCACGUCUGGCCAAACUUGUCACCCAAGCAGUUCGAGUCGGACGGCAGAACUUGCUUCCUGAAGGGCUCCGAGCAGUUGCUGGAGCUUCUGCAAGACACAGUCAAGGCCGUUUCGACAGAAAGCCUGCCCUGGCAUUCAACUCUGCAAAAACUCAGGGAGAAGGCGGCGCUGGAAUGGCUGGACGAAGAGGUGCAGAAGCUGACUGCAGAUAUCGAGCAGCAUUUCAACUACGUGGAGGCGCAGGCCCGUCCGGGUGCCUUGGAGGAUCUGAGAGAGGCGGUGCAGAGAGUGAAGCGUGGCGAGCAUGAGAUGCUCCAAAGGACGACGGUCAAUGGUGAGCCCUGCAUGAGGGUCUUGGGCCCACUUGAAGAGCUUCGGGGCUUCAUCAAGGACGUCCCGGUUGAGGCCGUCCGGAUUCUGCCCUUCAAGAUCCAAGAUCUGACGCAGCAGAUCUCCGAGCGCAGCAGUGGGCUGUCACAAGAUGCGUCGCACGAGCUGCCUGCAGGAAUAGCGGCCAAGCAUCUGAAGUCGGCCUCGGACAAGCACGUGCAGCCUUUGCUGGACGCAGCACGCUCCCUUUGCCAGUGCUGCGCAGACGUGGAGAUCCGGUACCGCCUGAACGCCUUCGAGGCAGCAGCCCGAAAGGUUGAGCGGGCAGAUGCCUUGCAGCAGCUUGCGGCGGAGGAGCGACAGCAGCUCCGACGGCUCUCAGAGGAAUAUGUGUUUGCAGAGGACGCCUGGGUGGGAGCCGAAGCACGCCUGGAGGAGACGGCCUCAGGAAUCCUAGAGAUGCCAGCUUCGAUUGUCCACAAGGAAGUGGAGAAAUGGCUCGGGCGCAAGCUCGCGGGCUCGGCAGGCGUCCCAUGGCAAGAAGCCCUGAGGCAGUCCGAUGGUGAGCAGCUCUUCACGCUGUCCGUGCACGACGUGGAGAAGGAGGGGCUCCCCAGCAUCUGGCACGAGUAUGUUUUCAAGUCCGGGGGGAUGCCGGCGCUCUGCCAGCAUCUCCCAGAGCCCGAGAUCGCCGAGCUGCUGAAGGCGGAGCUCGCCUCGCUCCAGGGACACGUGCAAGAAGAGCGUGCCAGGCGACUGGAGGAAGGGAGCAAAUCCAUGGCCUCCUGGCUGGAGCCCUUCGGAGUCGAUGCAGUCGGGCCUUGCAGGUCCAUCUUGGAGGCCCUGGAGCACGGCGGGCAUGGUGGCUUCGAGGAGGAUCUUAUGCAGCUCCUCUACAAUGGCAAUGCGACGAAGGCAGAGCUGCUGCGACGUAUCGACGAAGUCUCCGACACGCUCACCCAGAAUGCCGCUCCCCAAGCGAGCGUGCUGGGGCACGAGCGGGCCAGAGCAGCGAAGCAGGCCAUGACGUCGGCCUUACAGUGCUUGCAAGAGGUCUCCUUCAGAGGCUAUCAGCUGGCAGUUCCCACGGAAAGACUGGAUCAGCUCCGGGAAACGCUCCAGAACGUGGGCAUCGACGCUUUUCGCUUGGAGCCGCUGCAGUUGGACAGCCGCUGCUGUGUCAAGGUCGUCUUGUCUGCGACUGCAGACAUUGCGAAGUUGGCCAAUCUGAGCCGUAGCAUGCGGAUGUUCAAGGAGCUUGGCCUUUUCUUGCCGGCUCCGCAGUGGAAGUCCAAGUACAGCGCGGAAGCAUGCAAGAGCGAAAGGUGGAAAGGCCACGUAGGCCUGCACAGCAGAACGGAGGAUGAAGAUUUCAUUCACUACAAGGAGACCUUUGAGGACUACUGGUUGUCAGAGUACGUGGAUGAAGACAUGAAGGUGUUCCACGUGGGUGGCACGGAGGUCGCACUUCGCUGUUGCUUCCGCUUGGUCCUCUUUCCAGUCUCUUCACUGGCCGAUGCCGAAGCCCUGUACCAGAGUUUCUUCGGGGUAGACUGGGGUGCUGCCAUCCGUUCGACCAUCCUUCUUGGCCCCACGGACAACCAGAUGGCAAUCGGGGAGGUUGAGGCUGGCAGGCUGAUGCGCCAGCAGUUCCAGACUCCUCAGCAGCUGACCUGCAAGGUUGGGGAGCGACACCUCCUCGCCAUCGCCUGGGCAGGUGCUGGUGAGUGGCUCUGGCCCUCCGUUCCGCCAGCGGCCGUGCAAGCCGCAUGGGAAGAGGCCAAAGACGCCCUUCAGGCUGCAGAGGCCGCCGAGGCAGCUCGCAGGGAGGAGGAGCAGAGACGCGCCCAAGAGGCUGCCGCUGCCGAAGCAGCUCGCAGGGAGGAGGAGCAGGGACGCGCCCAAGAGGCUGCCGCUGCCGAAGCAGCUCGCAGGGAGGAGGAGCAGAGACGCGCCCAAGAGGCUGCCGCUGCCGAAGCAGCUCGCAGGGAGGAGGAGCAAAGACGCGCCCAAGAGGCUGCCGCUGCCGAAGCAGCUCGCAGGGAGGAGGAGCAGAGACGCGCCCACGAGGCUGCCGCUGCCGAAGCAGCUCGCAGGGAGGAGGAGCAAAGACGCGAGGCAGCUCGCCGGGAGGAGGCGCAAAGACGCGCACAAGAGGCUGCAGAUGCAGAUCGCAGGGACGUGCAGGCUGCGGACGGCCGUAGUCCCGACAUCUUCGAGGCCAUCCGGCGCGGUGACCUGGCUGCGCUGGAGGGCUGCCUCGAGCGGGACCCGGCCUGCGCGCGUUCCUGGCAGGGAGGCUGGAGUCCGCUACACCUAGCGGCCCAGAUGGGCCACGCAGCUCUCCUCGGCCGGCUCCUGACACUGCGGGCGGAUCCGUGCGCGAAGACCGAUCGAGGUGUCACGCCCCUUCACGUAGCGGCCGGCAGCGGCAACCGUCAGGGGGUGGUUCAGCUCGUUCAAGCACGCGCGAACCCAGAGGAAGAAGACCAUUCAGGAGAGACGCCGUUGUCGCGCGCCCUUGACAGGGAAGAUGACAUGGCCCAGCAGAUGAUGCAGGCGGUUGAAGAGCCCAUGGGCAGCUUCGCACCGCCUCCGCCACCUCCACUAUCACAGGCGCUCCGAACCACUUCAGAAGAGGUGUGCAAUGCGUACAUGGAAGCCGCAAGAAGUUGCGCGGACCCCUUCGCGGCAGUCGACAGUGGUAAUCUCGAGGCAGUUGAGGGCUGGCUUCUCCUCGAGCCCGAGUGCCUUAACUCGAGCAAGAGUGGAUCGACGCUGCUGGAGCACGCGCGGAGAUCCGGUCACGAUGCCAUCGUGAGCCGGCUAUUGGAAGCCCGAGCGGAUCCAACAGCAAGACCACAGACUGAGGGGCUCCGAAACACACAAGAGGAGGUGUGCAAUGCGUACAUGGAAGCCGCAAGAAGUUGCGCGGACCCCUUCGCGGCAGUCGACAGUGGGAAUCUCGAGGCAGUGGAGGGCUGGCUUCUCCUCGAGCCCGAGUGCGUUAACUCGAGCAAGAGUGGAUCGACGCUGCUGGAGCACGCGCGGAGAUCCGGUCACGAUGCCAUCGUGAGCCGGCUGUUGGAAGCCCGAGCGGAUCCGGAUCCAACAAGAGCGCUGCCCGAGGCUGAGGCGGCGCCGCCUCCAUCAUCCCAGGCGAGCGGUGGCUACGCUGAGGCAGCAGCCGCCAGUGGGCAUGCGGCGGAAGCAGCAGCCGCUGCCAGCCCAGACAUCUUCAGGGCAGUCGAGAACGGGGAUCUCAACGAGGUCGCGAGCCGUCUUCUUGAAGACCCUGACGCAGUGCAUGCCACUCGUGGUGCAAGGACGCUCCUUCACGAGGCAGCGCUUCGAGGCCACCAGCAGGUCGCGAGCCGAUUGCUGGAGGCCAUGGCCCAGGCCGAUCUGAAUCUGAACCAAGCCGAUGAGCAUGGCAGGACCGCAAUGCAUCUCGCGGCUUCGAGCGGCCACGCAGCCAUCGUGCGGGAGCUUCUGUUCCUGGGCGCAGAUCCCGCAGCGCGGACUGCUCAUGGCGACACGCCCCUUCACCUGGCAACUACGGGGCCAGUGACGGAGGGCAAGAAGGAGGUGGUGCAGGUGCUGCUACAGGAUGGGGGGGACCACCUUCUGGACUUGGCCAACGACCGAGGUGAGACAGCGGAUCUCACGCGAGCGCUGGCCUGA